UCAACUUCCACCAGGCUAUAGGCAUCACUAUUAGUUCUUCAAAUACUUCUUCCUCUGAUCAGCAAUGACAUACAAUCGAAAUAGACAACAUGAAUCGCCUUGAGGAUAUCACUGUCGACACCGACUUUCUCUCCAUCGACACCCCUCCAAUGCAUCACCCUGAGGCUACACAACAAAGUAGUACCAGGCUUCAUGUCAGAGAGUAUUCUCCGAUAAAUUACAACAAUCGCUCUGAGAUCCGACUAUUGCACAUCCUACCAGCCAAAACCUGGGAUGAGGAGAUAAGAUGCUGCUUGAAAACAGUUUCUUUGUUCGAUUCGACAAUUUACUAUGAGGCUCUGUCAUACACAUGGCAGGACUUGCGUGGUACCAUACCAAUUUCGAUCGACGGCAUGCUUCAUUCUGUGAGUCUCAAUUUGGCUUCGUUCCUUCGACGUCGACGUGUCACGUUGGGUGUUAAGAAGAAGCCGGACACUGGAGAAAAGAAGGAGGCCGAUGAGAAUGCAGGCUGGCAGCAGGUGAAGCGAAAGAAAAUGAAGAUAAAAACAGCUGUGAAGGCCUCAAAUUCGCGACUUAGACCGGUAGAGCAUAAGGAUCCCGAGUCCGAGUCGGAAACAGUAGUCAUCUGGAUCGAUGCUCUGUGCAUAAACCAGACUGACGACAUCGAAAAAGCUCACCAGGUACGCUUGAUGGGUGACAUAUAUCUAAAUGCGAGGAAACUAUGGAUCUGGCUUGGAGAAGAAGAAAAUAAUAGCAACAUAGCUAUGAACCUUGUUCGACAACUGGGAAUGCCAGAGUAUGCAGCAGACAAGGUAUGGACGAUGAGUGACGAUGAGAUCCUGGCACUCGACUGCCUUUUCCAACGGAGGUGGUGGACACGAAUCUGGAUCGUGCAAGAGCUUGUUAAUGGAGGCUCGGUGAAGCCCGAGGGUAAUGUGGUGGUUCUUUGUGGCUGGCUGUCGCUGCCAUGGUCAUACAUUGCUGUGGCAGCUGAGAGGCUGAAUGUCCAUAAUUCGGAACUUCGUCAACAACUCCGACAUCUCCAGCCCAUAAUCGAGCUCGAAGACACGCGGAGGAAUAUAUAUCAGACCCUUUUUCCUCUUCUGGUCCAGCACCGGGGUCGCGAAGCAUCCGAUCCACGGGACAAGGUCUACGGACUUAUGGGAUUGGCCGUUGAAGGGGAGGAACUCCCUGGAAACGUGUCCAACGUUUCGGUCGACUAUCGCAAAUCAACAGUUCAGUUAUAUGCAGAUAUCGCUCUAUCUUUGAUCCAUUCCAGCACCGGUCUAGAACUGUUGAAGCACUGCCAAGGACAGCCGUUGGACGGUCUGCCAUCGUGGGCACCAGGUUGGCCACAUGCUAGUGACUACGCCCUCCUCCACAGCGACGAGUACAAGGCAUCUGGCAGUCACACUAGCAGUGUUCGUCACCUGAGGGAGCAGUCAGCUCUGGAUGCCGAUGGCGUCCUAUUUGAUACCAUUUUAUCAGUUGGAGAAUUAUUUCCAACAGGCGUCUCUGAGCCGUGGCAGAACUCAACCUACUUCAUGCUCAACGUUAGUAAUUGUAGGAAAGUCUUCCUUGACGAAUACACUGGCCCCGAUCCCUACGUUAUAGUAGGAGGACGAACUCGAGCAUUCUGGCAGGCGCUGACCGCGGGCUACGUGAUCUGUACCAAAGAGGACUGCAAAGACCGUGGUUCCAGGAACAUAGAUUCCUAUCUUCCCAGGAUUCCUUCACACUGGAAGCCGAGGGGUCCUCGGAAGACUGGCACUGAUAAAACAUUCUCUGACUCUCUGGCGGCCCUGUGGGAGAACGGGAUAUAUGACUUGAACGCAUCUCCAUUCCUACUUCCAUCUGUCGUGCCUGACCCAUUCGAACACCUUCGAUCCAAGGACGACCUCGGACUAGGCUCAUAUGAAGACCCGAAGCGCCCAGGACUCGAAAAGUAUGCCUUAGGAAGACGCCUCAUAGUCACGCAAAACGGAUACAUGGGUCUCGGCCCACCUGAAACGCAAAGAAAAGAUAAAAUUGCUGUACUGUUUGGCAGUACCGUUCCAUUCGUACUGAGAGAGCGUAGUGAAAGCGGAAAUGGUUUCCAGAUAGUAGGCGAGGCUUAUGUAGAAGGUAUCAUGAACGGAGAAGUCAUGGAGGGUAUAAGAGGGGGGGAGAUGCGAAAGCGGACUUUCCGUAUCUUCUGAGAGCUAUUACGAUUUCAACACUAGAGAAACAUGGUAUAGAAGGCAUCUGGAACAUGCUUUGGUGUGGAAAUAACUUUACAGAUAUCCAAUAUGGACCCCGAUAUUCGUAUCGUUUGUCGAGUAUUUAUUUUACACCUUGCGCCUACUCAUCAACCCCCUCCAGACUUUCACCACUCCCUUCGAUGAACCUCACUCUUAAAUCCGGCUCCUUCUCAAACUUCUCAUCAAACGGCCACAUUGGCCUCCUGAUUCUCACAUGUCCCAACCUUUUAAUAUCCUGAUCCACACCUCCGGGAGUCAGUCCUAACAUCCAAUCUUUCGCCAUGUCAAAAAGUUCCGGCUCCAGAUAU